GGGUUAAAGAAGUAAAAUUGCCUUAUUAAAGAUUUCCUGUAUCUUAAGCACAUGUUCAUUCUUUGGGGCAAGAGAAGAGGUGAAGCUUUGUUCAAGUGCAAGGGCUAGUAGUGCUUGGAAAGGAGAAACGCAUCGGUUCACGACAAAUCAUCGAGGCCUGAAGGUAAUCGAAUCCUCUAAUUGUACUGCCUUUCAAGAUUUGGGGACAACUUGAUCUUCUCAAAGUGUUCAGUUUCCUUUGGGCCCAUUCGUUUAAGCAAAAGCAAGGAGAUAGAAAAAAGGGAAAAGGUGGAAAGAGAAAUUUCUAGACAAGAAGGAAGAAACGAUGGGGAGUUUUUUUACUUCCGUCACGGUGAACCUAGUUUCGAAACUUGGUGAGUGCCUGUUUACUCCCAUUGGACAUCAAGUUGGGUAUGUGCUGCGCUACAAGAGAUACGUCGAACAUCUAGAAAAUGGAGUCCAAGAGCUAGAGACUGCAAAGGAAAGGGUGCAAUGCUCUGUCAAUGAAGCCCAAUAUAAUGGAAAACUUAUUCACACUGAUGUUAAGAAUUGGCUAGAGAGUGUGACGAAGGAGAUUGAUGAAGCACAACACCUGUUAGAACGUAGCAAAAGUGCGCAGAACCCUUGCUUUUGUGAAUGGAUUCCCAACCCCUUGGUGCGCCAUAAAAUGGGCAAAAAGGUGAAGGAGACAACUAAAGACAUUCAGGAACUUUAUGAGAAAAGCCGAAAUAGUGAUAUCAAGAAGGUCUACCAUGAAAAUACUCCGACAGGAAUUAUCAAUGCCGCCACUUCCGCUACAAGAUCUAUUGACAAGAAAGAAGAUGCCCUAGAGUCGAGGGCUUCAAUCAUAGAGGAUGUAAUGAAGGCUAUAGCUGAUAACAAUGUCCAUGUGAUUGGGGUGUGUGGACCAGGUGGGGUUGGCAAGUCCAAGCUUUUGGAGGACAUCAGAAGUCGAGUUCAAGGAGAGGUGUUGUUUGAUGAGUUUGCCAUGGCAAAUGUAUCACGCUAUCCAAAUAUAAAAGAAAUACAAGGAGAAAUUGCUGACAUGUUGGGCUUGAAGCUAAAAAAUGUGGAAACUGUUAGUGGGAGAGCAAAACUUUUGCGUCAGAGAUUAGAGCAAGAUUCUACGAGAAACAUUCUCAUUAUUUUAGAUAAUUUGUGGAAGAAGUUAGAGUUGAAGGAAGUUGGAAUCCCUUGUGAAGAUGAUAAUAAAGUAAGAGGUUGCAAGCUAUUGCUAACGUCUAGAUUCCAGAAUGUUUUGCGCAUUGACAUGGGCUCUGAUAGAGAAUUCCAAGUCAAUGAGUUAAAGCAUGGAGAAGCCCGAAGACUUUUUGAAAGGACUAUAGGGGACAAAGUUAAUGAUCCUGAGUUUAAGAGCCUGGUAGAUGGAGUGGUCAAGAAUUGUGGAGGCUUGCCACUUUUUAUUGUUCCGUUGGCAAGAAUGUUGAAGCAUGGAGAUUCAGCUACAUGGAGGAAUGCAUUGGAUAUGGAAGAGUUGGAUAGAAGAUCACAAGUGGAACUAAAUUACAAAGACUUAAAAGAUGACAGAAUCAGAUCGGUGUUCUUGGUUUGUGCUCUAGACUCUGGGAGAACUUCCAUGAGGGAUUUCCUCAUCUACUGCAUGGGUUUGGGUUUAUAUAAAAAAUCCAACAGGACCAUCGAAAAUGCAAGAUAUAGGUUAAUAAAGGAUCUAAAUAGCCUAAAGGACUCUUCUUUGUUACUAGAUUGUGAUGACAAGGUAUAUUUCAGAAUGCACGACAUAUUUGUUGACGUGGCCAUCUCUAUUGCUUCUACGGAAUGGAGCGCCUUGGUCGGUAGGAAGGGUGAUGGGUUUAAAAAAUGGUCAAAGGAUGAGCUCAGAAAAUGCACAGCGAUAUCCUUCCCUGGUGUUGGCAUUGAGGAGCUUCCUGAAAAGUUGGACUGCCCAAACUUGAAGAUGCUUCUAUUACUCGAACACAAACUGUCUCUCAAAAUUCCCCGUUGUUUUUGAAUAUAUGGAGAAGCUCCAAGUCUUGGACAUUACUGGCUUAUCUUUUACCUCUCUGCCUUUGUCGAUUGAGCUCCUUGAAAACCUCAAGUCCCUCUGUCUUGAUCAAUGCCGUUUGGAGGAUGUGACUAUUAUUGGAAAGCUGAAAGGAUUGCAAUUCCUAAGUUUCCUUGACUCUACAAUUGCUCGGCUGCCCAAAGAAAUAGGUGGAUUAACAGAACUGAGAUUUUUGGACUUGACGGGGUGCACCGAGCUCAAAGUUAUCGAACCUGGCAUGCUUGGAAACUUGGUUAAUUUAGAAGAACUUUAUAUGGAAAACAGUUUUGAUCAGUGGGAGGCCGAGGAUAAAGUACCGCGAAGCAACGCCAGCCUUGCUGAGUUAAAGAACAUGAAGAAUUUGAGCACUCUAUCUAUUGCCAUUCCUCAUUCUGUCAAUCUCUUAAGAGACCUGCCAUUUGGGAAAUUGAACAUGCAUAAAAUCCAGAUUGGGGAAGUUUGGGAUUGCUUGUGCAUGCACAAAGAAUCUAGAACUUUAGAGCUCAAGCUGGAUUCAAGCUAUCUUCUUCUUGAAGAGUGGGUGCAGAAAUGUUUGCAGAGAGCGCAAGAUCUUCAUUUGGGUGGACUGCAAGAUGGCAACGAUAGCAUUCACGAUUUGUGCAUCGAAGGUUUUCAAGAAUUGAAGCAUCUUCACGUACAAAAUAGCCCCUCAUUUCAGUAUGUUGUUCACUCUACAGAGGAUGUGCAGUGCACUGCAUUUAC